AUGUCGCCGGAUCGUUUUAAAAGAAAAGAAAUUAGAACUUUAAAACAACGAUGGAUAAUGAAGCAUAAGGAUCGCACGGAUGAUAUACCAAAUUGUCCAUCUAUCGAGGACAUUAUUGAUAUGCCAGUACCUAAUGAAAUCCCACCGUCCGACAAAACAGAAACCAGUAAUGUCAGAACUGAUUUGUUAAUCUCAAAUGCUAAAUUACUGAAUGGCACAAUGCAAUCACAAGCAACAAGCACUCCGCAAGAGAACUCAACAAAAUCUAUGGGUCAUGAAACAUCGAUAGUACCAAAACGGUUCCAUCGAAAUUAUCGCAAACGACAACGACAUUCUUGGAAAAGCAGCAGGCGUCAUAGAUCAAAUAUAGAUUCAUCCACUUCAAAUAGUGAAUUUGUCAUCCAGGGUUCAGUUUCCGAAAGACGUGAUGAUAUCUCGAUGUGUCCAGAUAUCCAAAAUAUUUGCAAUCUUAAUCAAAGCAAAAUAGAUGAUAAAAUAUCUGCUCAUCGAUUUUCCCAUGCAUUUUAUCAAUUACUUGAUGAUUUUCUUCUUCUUCUAACUAAAUUCAUACAAUUGUUGAAGGAUCAUCCGCGUCCUGCAACAAUAACAGGUUUCAUUAUUGCCAGUUACUUGUUUAUUAGUUAUUUGGAACUUUCAAUUGCUGCAUUUAUCGAAUUAAUUGUCCAAGCUAUUUGGCCAAUAUUACAUGCUAUGCUUCUCUUCAUCGGACGUCUUUCCAUAAAUUUUAGCUCAUUUAUGCAUUCUUCCGACGAUAUUAUUAAGGGAGCGUACUGUGAUAUGGCAGAGAUUUGGUGCAGACAUUUUCAAAUGAUGUGUGCCGAUCAGUGUUCAUUUUUUAGUAUGGCAGUGGAACGAUUAAGAGCAAAUUAA